GAGAGCCGUCCUCUCUUUCCAGCCAUGCCGACUGUCAGCGUGAAGCGGGACCUGCUUUUCCAAGCGUUGGGAAGGAGCUACACGGAUGAAGAAUUUGAUGAACUAUGCUUUGAAUUUGGUUUGGAACUUGAUGAAAUUACUUCCGAGAAGGACAUUGUGAGCAAAGAGAAAGGUGAUGAGAAAGCAGAAGGUGCCUCAGACAUCGUUCUCUAUAAAAUUGAUGUUCCUGCAAACCGGUAUGAUCUGCUUUGUUUGGAAGGUCUAGUCAGAGGUCUUCAGGUCUUUAAAGAGAGAAUAAGGGCCCCACGAUACAAAAAAAUCAUGCCACCCAGUGGUGAAAUACAAAGGCUUACCAUCACUGAAGAGACCACCCAUGUCCGUCCUUAUGCUGUGGCUGCAGUUCUUCGUAACAUAGUUUUUGUCAAAGACCGCUAUGAUAGCUUCAUUGAUUUACAAGAAAAACUACAUCAGAAUAUAUGCAGGAAAAGAUCAUUAGUUGCAAUUGGUACCCAUGAUCUAGACACAAUCACUGGCCCAUUCACAUAUACAGCUAAACCACCAUCUGAAAUUAAAUUCAAACCCUUGAAUCAGGACAAGGAAUAUAAUGCUUCUGAAAUCAUGGAUCUGUACAAGACGGAUAGUCAUCUUAAGCAUUAUCUACAUAUUAUUGAAAAUGAACCACUUUAUCCAGUUAUCUACGAUAGCAAUGGUGUUGUUCUUUCCAUGCCACCAAUAAUCAAUGGGGACCAUACAAAAAUAGGUCUUAACACCAGAAAUGUGUUGAUUGAAUGUACAGCCACAGAUCUUACCAAGGCAAAAAUUGUCCUUGAUAUCCUCGUCACAAUGUUCAGUGAAUACUGUCAGAAGCCAUUCACUGUUGAAGCAGCAGAAGUAACUUAUCCCAAUGAAAAAAGCUACAUCUUUCCAGAGCUGGCUUAUCGUCGUGAAAAGAUAAAGCCCGAAAUAAUGAACAAGAAAAUAGGAAUUAGUGAGACUCCAUCAAGCCUUGCAAAGCUGCUCACCAGAAUGUGUUUGAAGUCACACGUCAUAGGGAAUGGGAACAAUAUAGAGGUCGAAAUCCCUCCUACCAGAGCUGACAUUAUCCAUGCGUGUGAUAUCAUAGAAGACGCAGCAAUAGCGUAUGGCUAUAAUAACAUUCAGAUGACUGUUCCGAAAACAUACACCAUAGCUAAUCAAUUACCUCUCAAUAAGCUCACGGAACUUCUGAGGGAAGAUUUGGCAGCGGCAGGCUUCACCGAAGCACUAACUUUUGCUCUGUGUUCCCAAGAAGACAUUGCUUAUAAACUGGGGAUUGACAUCUCUGCAACCAAAGCUGUACAAAUAGCAAAUCCGAAAACAGCAGAAUUUCAGGUGGCACGCACUGCCCUCUUGCCUGGACUCCUGAAAACAAUUGCAGCUAAUCGGAAAAUGCCUUUACCUCUGAAACUCUUUGAAAUCUCUGACAUUAUAGUGAAAGAUUCCACCAAGGAUGUGGGUGCAAGAAAUCAGAGAAAUUUCUGUGCUGUCUACUAUAACAAAAACCCUGGUUUUGAGAUAAUCCAUGGAUUGCUAGACAGAGUCAUGCAGCUCCUGGAUGUCCCACCAAGUAAAGAGAAUGGAUAUUAUAUUAAAGCAACUGAAGGCUCUGCUUUUUUCCCUGGCCGCUGCGCUGAGAUCUUUGCCAAAGGGCAGAGUAUCGGGCACCUAGGAGUCCUCCACCCUGAUGUUAUCACCAAAUUUGAGCUCACCAUGCCCUGCUCUGCUCUAGAAAUCACAAUUGAGCCUUUCCUGUGAAAUCUGGAGCACCGACUCUUCUUCAGUUCACAUUUGUCCUGCAUCCAUGCUGGUCUUUUACUAUCAUCAGGCACUUGUCCCUACUCUUAAUGAGCUGGACCAGUCUUGUCACAGUCUUCUUUUUUAAUUGGAGUUCUUUCAGUGCAAUAUGGCUGAUUUUAGUAAAAAAAAAAGGGGGGGGAAGACUUUUCUUAAUAGACCGAGUCAGAAGUUCAAUGUAUUGACAGAACACAAUGUGUUUUCCAGAAAGUUCCAGAGGCUAAACUUCAGACUGUAACUGAUUGUAGCUGCGUAACAGGAAUUUCAUUCUAUUCUUAUUGCAUGAAAUAAGAUAAUUUAUUAUACCAAAUGUUGAACAAAUGUGAACAGAACUAAGGAAUUGUGCUUUCCUUGUGUAAGGUUUCAGGAGCUCUUCAGUAGUUAGAAAAGGGCAGGGCAGUGAAAUAUGUAUUCCUUCCAAAACUAGAGCAAUUUCGUAAACACAUUUCUACAGUAGUUACAGUUGCCUGUCAAUCUGUUUCACUGGAAAAUAAGGGAUCAAAAUAAAACUUGAAAAGUUCUGUA